AUGUCUGGUCGUAGUUUGCCCACCCCCGUUCUAUCCCAACCCCAACCGGCCCACGGACACUUGGACGUGGCAUUCACCCCCGAGAAAAAAAUUUUCAAGGAGGGAGAGCUCAUCCGGCUGCAGUGUACCAUCAUAGGCCACCAACUCGAGUCACCACCACUUAUGUCAUGGCAUAAGCAUGUUUAUUAUGGAAACACGUCAGACUCGUUCGACGUCACGUCACCUACAUCAUCAACCACGUCACCAUCAUCACCCUCCCAACUGACUGACCUGACCAUAAGCAAAAACAAGAUACUGACCGGGGACUUCAAGGAGGAGAAGCAGACGACGAGCGUUGGCGGAGGCAGUGUGGGUGGGGGUGCAGGUGGGAGUGCAGGUGGGGGUGCAAGGUACACCGUGGAGAUACAGCAAGUUAAGAAGGGCUUCGAUCAUCUGAACUAUUUCCUUAAUAUAUUAGACGCGAAGACGUCAGAUUCUGGUGUUUACUUUUGCAGCGGCCACAAAGACGACAAGUUCUUCUCACAACAUGUUCUUAUUCAAGUUGUUGCACCAAUAACGGAACUUAAAUGGAGGGACAUCAAGCCGAGUCGAAUGUUCUCCACCCCCAACAACAACCUCAACAUCAUCAGAAAUGAUGACGAUGACGAUGACGAUGAUGACAAUGGCGAUGACGUCACUCAUUUAAAUGAAGGAGAUCACGUGCUAUUCAGAUGUCGAGUUAGAGGCGGCUUUCCCCAGCCAAAAGUUCGGAUAACCGUGGGUCAUCGCGAUAUAACCCACAGGUUCACACCGAAGGUCAAACUGAAUCUAGGUCAAGGUCACAAGGGUCUGCAAACUAUGUCAUAUGACACGAUAUUGAGGGCUGAUAAUUUCAAGAUUGAGUAUGACCUGCACCAUAAGAAUGUCGUCUGCCGUGGAGAGGUCGAGGGCGGCCACGCUAAUGACGAGGGGUUCAAUAGGGUGGAUGAGUUGACUGUCGUUCUUGAUAAGUAUCGCCCACAUUUCAAAUGCCCCCACACGAUAAAGGCCCGACUGCACGUUACCAACUUCACCAUUGAAUGUAUCGUUCAUGCCAAGCCUGGAAUCAACAACACGGAGAUAUUUUUCAAGGACGCUGAGAGCCACACGAAGAUGGUGGCGACGAUGAGGAAAGAUUAUUGGUCGUCCGUCGAACUUGUUGAAAAUAAUACGACUGAACACGACGAACAGGUGUCCAUGAAGUUGGUCAUCUUCGAGGUCAGCGAGAAGCAUUUUAUGAGGUACGAGUUCAAUGCCGAAAGCGAACUGGGCAAGUCCACUCAUGUCGUCAAAUUGGAAAGGGGUUAG